AGUCUCGCGAUACCUUAGCCUGCUGCUCCCGCUGCGGGUGGCUCUGGCUGUUGCUGUGGUUGCCGGAGUUGCUGCUGCGGCGGCGGUGGCGGCGGAGGCGGUGGUGGUGCUGGUGGUAUCGGCCCUUGGGCGGAUGUUGACAUUGUGUUGUUGUUAUUGCUGACGGUAAUGGCGGCGACGGCGACGGCCGGGACCCCAUCUCCUGUGUAGUCGGAGCGGAGACAGCCAAGAGCCAACUCCGCGGCCUCUGAGCCCGCGGCAGCGACUCCCCUCAGCCUCCGCCGCCUCGCCAGCCCAUACCCCAACCCCAGCCCCUGGAGUCAGGUCCCCUUGGGCAGGGGGCCUCGGAGGCUCAGGAUGGCGGAUUUCGACGAGAUCUAUGAGGAGGAGGAGGACGAGGAGCGGGCCCUGGAGGAGCAGCUGCUCAAGUACUCUCCGGACCCGGUGGUGGUCCGCGGCUCUGGUCACGUCACCGUAUUUGGACUGAGCAACAAAUUUGAAUCAGAAUUCCCUUCUUCAUUAACUGGAAAAGUAGCUCCUGAAGAAUUUAAAGCCAGCAUCAACAGAGUUAACAGUUGUCUUAAGAAGAAUCUUCCUGUUAAUGUACGUUGGCUGCUUUGUGGCUGCCUUUGUUGCUGCUGCACAUUAGGUUGCAGUAUGUGGCCAGUUAUUUGCCUCAGUAAAAGAACACGAAGAUCGAUUGAGAAGUUAUUAGAAUGGGAAAACAAUAGGUUAUACCACAAGCUGUGCUUGCACUGGAGACUGAGCAAAAGGAAAUGUGAAACGAAUAACAUGAUGGAAUAUGUCAUCCUCAUAGAAUUUUUACCAAAGACACCGAUUUUUCGACCAGAUUAGCAUUUACUUUAUUUAUAGAGACUUUCCAAGUAUGUUGUCUUUCCAAUGGUGCCUUGCUUGGUGCUCUUCUGGUGGUGACAUAACAUUGGUUCUACAGAAUCGUGUGGUGUUUUUUCUGUUUUUGUUUUUUUUUUUAAUUAAAUAACCGCAUGUUCUAAGUGUGCAUUUUUGUCAAACUUUGCAACAGUUAUUUCAUACAGAUGUUUAAUACUUAAGUUAUUGUGCUCUUUUCUGUUAUGUAUUGCUGAUUUUCAAGGAUUACUUUUUUGUAUUAUCAAAAAAAUACAUUUGAACUUAGCAUAAAAA